UGGAAACAAGAGAGGUGGAGGGAGGCAGCAAGGCUGCAAAGGGGAGGCCCGCCAAGUCUGCCCGCCUGCAAAGUGUUGCUUUGACACAUCCUUAUUAUGGAAGUUAAGUAAAAAAAAAAAAAAAAAAAAAAAAAAAAACAACUCCGGACGUGGAGCUGCUACGGAGAAGGAGACGGGGGAAAGCAAACCAGUAGGCAGGCCAAUGGUUUUUCGGCAGCGCGCUGGCAAGUUUGUGGAACACUUUCUAGGAAUUUGGUCUUUUUCCUUCCCCUUCGUCUUCUUGACUUCUGAAGAAAAAAUUUGGCUUUGGAUUGCAAUGGAGCCUAACGACAGAGGGUUAGACACACUUGAAUAAUCCCUCCGGCUGGGCUGAAUUUGUGGGAAUUUAGGAAGCCGGAGUGUGGAAAUACAGCAGCCUUUGAAGUGCCCUCUGCUAAUUUGGAUGGAUCUAAAUGUGCCCCAUUCAAGACCUCUCCGCCAACCCCUUCUGAUCUUGCGAUUUGUUCUUCUCGACUUUAAUUAGUAUCUAGGAAAGUCUAAACUUUUGGACCUACCUCUUUUUUUGAUACUUAUUUUUGUACGUUUGCUCUCUGGGAUUGGUUUCUUAAACAAUCUGGAUCCUUUUUAAUAUGUCAAAAUGAGUCUGCUGAUGUUUACACAACUACUGCUCUGUGGAUUUUUAUAUGUUCGGAUAGAUGGAUCUCGUCUUCGCCAAGAAGACUUUCCCCCUCGGAUCGUGGAGCACCCUUCGGAUGUCAUCGUCUCUAAGGGAGAGCCCACCACUCUGAACUGCAAGGCGGAGGGCCGGCCAACGCCCACCAUUGAGUGGUACAAGGAUGGGGAGCGGGUGGAGACUGACAAGGAUGAUCCCCGUUCCCACAGGAUGCUUCUGCCCAGCGGAUCCUUAUUCUUCUUGCGCAUUGUGCAUGGACGCAGAAGUAAACCCGAUGAAGGAAGCUACGUUUGUGUUGCAAGGAACUACCUUGGUGAAGCAGUGAGUCGAAAUGCAUCUCUGGAAGUGGCAUGUAAGUGA